GAGAAUUUUGUCUCUCUUGUUCCCUAUCGCACAAGAAGAUUUUCUUGGACGCGGUUUUGGACAGUGGACACGCUGGACGCGGAGCAGGAUCCACGCAGGAGGCACAAACCGGACACCGUAUUCUUCAUUUGCGGUUUUAACACGAUGGGUGAGUUCAGUGUUGGAUCGGUUUUUUCUUGUCAGGGAUGCAGCGAAUGGUCCAACGUCCUGCGGCAAGAGCCAGCCUUCGGUGAGGUGAACCAGCUCGGCGGUGUUUUCGUGAACGGCAGGCCGCUCCCCAACGCCAUUCGGCUCAGGAUUGUGGAGCUGGCCCAGCUCGGGAUUCGACCCUGUGACAUUAGCAGGCAGCUGCGCGUCUCCCACGGCUGCGUCAGCAAGAUCCUGGCCCGCUACAACGAGACCGGCUCCAUCCUCCCGGGGGCCAUCGGAGGCAGCAAGCCGCGGGUCACCACACCCACCGUGGUCAAACACAUACGGACAUACAAGCAGAGAGACCCGGGGAUUUUUGCCUGGGAGAUCCGGGACAGGCUACUCGCCGACGGGGUUUGCGAUAAGUUCAACCUUCCCUCUGUCAGCUCCAUCAGUCGGAUCCUCCGCAACAAGAUCGGGAAUCUGUCCCAGCAGAGCCAGUACGAGUCGGGCAAGCAGGCGCCUCAUCCACCCCCACAACCAACGUUACCCUACAACCACUUAUACUCAUACCCGACCUCCAAAGUGCCCACUCCCCCUGGCAUGCCCACCCUUCCCGGACACAUGGCCAUGCACAGGAUAUGGCCUUCCUCGCACUCUGUAACAGAUAUUCUGGGGAUACGGUCUAUUACAGAGCAACAAAUUAGUGACAGUCCAUCCUUUUCCAGCGCCAAACUAGAAGAAUGGAGCGCUAUAAACAGGACUAAUUUCCCACCAGCAAGCUCUCCACUAGUCAAUGGCGUGGAUAAACCGCAUUUAGAACCUGAAGCAAAAUACACACAGACGCUGAAUGGAUUGCCCACAGUGAACAGCUAUGUCACAGCACCCAGCAUCCCUCCCUACCACCCUCCCACCCAAGUGUCACCCUACAUGGGGUACAGCGCCACCACGUCGGCCUAUGUGACCGGACCCACAUGGCAGCCGGCCAGUGGCAGUGCUCUAUCUCCCCACAGCUGUGACAUCGCCACCCCUCUGGCCUUCAAGAGCAUGACGGCCAACCGUGACGCCAUCCACCCGGUCACCGCCUCGGCGCUGUGAAGUCAUCUCCACAGAUUGAUGGGAGAAAGAACAGCGGGGGGGGGGGGGGGGGGGGGGGGGAGGGAGAGGUGGAGGGAGAGGUGAGAGAUGAUGAGGACAGUAGACACCAAGACUGUCCCCUCUGGCAUCACUUCAUUCCCACUGCCUCCUUUCUAUGAAGGACUCGGCCCCAGGACCCAUAUUUGUGCCGUUCUGUAUGCAACCCCUCCUCCUCCUCCUCCUCCCUGACACACACAGUCAGACCAAAGACACACAAGGAAUAAAAAGUCUGUCAAUUUUCACCACAAACUUGUUGUCUGAAAGAACAUGCAGGACAGGUGUACUGAAGGACUGAUGUAUGACUGCUACACCAUCCAUCAACACAAUUCCUCUCAGAUUCUUUACUGCACACUUCUGCAAAUGUCUUUGGGCAAAGUGGGGUAAUGUAUAACUUCAUGAAUAAGCAAUCAAAGAAGAGGGGAAAAACUUUGCAUUAGUGUUUCAGGGUGCUUAUUAAUUGCUAUUGUUUUUUUUUUAAUGUUUGUAUGCUUUUUGUUGUUGUUGUUGUUUAUGUUUUGAUAAAAGUAACUGUCCUAUGGUGCAUUGUUUUCCCACUUCUCUAAAAAUGUAGCCUACGCGAGAGCUCCAGAGAGAAGUUUAUUUAUUAGAUUAAGGUACGUUGAAUGAAGUGCAAUUAGCCUUACAGACAGCAUGGGAAUCUCCACGCACGUUUAGACAAAAUUGGCAUCGGUCUUAUGUUGGAGUCUAGAGCAUUAACAAUUGACAAAUGUUGCACAAUGAAAUUGAAUGUAUCUUAUUAAAUUGUUUGGCUGUUA